AUGAAUCGUCCAAACUUUAUCGAAUUACCGGAAUCUAACUCGCGCUCCGCCAGCGCUCUAUCAAAAAAUGGCAUGACAUCUCCCCGUAUCCAGCAUUUUGAUGGAGAUGUACCCCCCACCUUAUCACCCUUGGAUGCCAUUGCAGCGAGGAGCAGGAAAUUAGCCAAAGAGUUGGAAGAAACUAGAAAGGCCGGCGAACGACGCAUGAGCAGACUUCCACCUCAGGUCGUUACGGAAUCCUUGACCGAACAUCAAAAUAAUCGUCCCCCCAUCUUUCGCGCCUUGUCCGAGGGAACCGACACUCUUCCCCCUCUGCCAAGUAUUCCAAUUCAUAUCGAUCGCCCUGGAUAUUUCCCUCGAGUUGCUAACCCUUCAAAUCGCCCCGCUUCCCAACAUGCUCGAAUGAGCGUUGCCCUAAAGCCUGCUCAAGAGCAAGAAAGCACUGCGAACACUACGCCUUCGCAUUCAACUGAGGAUGUCAGGGAUUAUUUUGGAGCGCCUCGAGUAGAGUCUCCGCCACCUCUAAACGACGAAGCAUCCUUUUCAACAAUCCAGGGAGCCAAUCCAAGACUGAACUCUCAGACAGAUCCCUUUCGACAGAUCUCUACCAACUCCCAGCCAGAUCUGACCUUGAACCUAGCACCACCUCAGCCUCACUCUCAUAGAUUACGUCCAUAUCAAGACGCUUCGGAUGAUGACUAUACGAGCUCAAAUGCCGGGUCAACCUUCUCACAAUCGAGGAAACUGUCCUCGAGUAGCGGAGUAUCAGUCCCGCACUCACCCAUCUCCCCAUAUUUGCAAUCUCAUGCCCGAACUCCUUCUGGGAACUCAAUUGGCUCACCAACGAGAGGUAGCUUUCCACGCAAUUUUUCACGACCCAUGAGUUCUGCUAGUAUGCAAAACCUGCGAGGUGAGAAGAGCCCAGGCAAAGCACCGCUAGCCAUGCGAGCCAGUCAUCUCAGACAGACCAGUUCUUUCGAUGGUGCCGAUAUUCCCACUGGCUUCAUGGCUGGUCAGGCAUCUUCUUACACCCACAUGACCUACAGCCUCCCGAGAGGCCGACUUGUAUCAGCAAGGAUCUCCCACCCUUUCCUAGGGCUCAAUGCUCUCACUUCUGGCGGCCAAGGACCUCUGUCGGAGGGUAAAAUGAGUAACGAGGUGGCAGCACCUUCCCCAAUGCCAUCAGCUCGACCAAGUCAAGAGGAACCACAAAGAUCAGGAUUUUCUUUCGAUCUCGAUACUGAGCGAGGCAUGACGGCAGAGGAUACCUCGCCGUCCACAUAUCACACUCCAACCGGGUCGCUGCGUUCCAACGAUUCGGGCCCCGUCAAGCGUACGACUGGACUUUCGCCCGGUACUGGCUUGAAGCCACCUCCUACUCCGCUAUCGCCCGUGGAGGAGAUGUCACAUUCUUCAAGGUCAAAUAGUACCAUCCGACCCUCAACUACUCGAUCCGUCAGCAACUAUCAAUCACAUUCAGCAGACGAUCAUGUAGCCAAAGCCAUCGAGCUUCAUGAGAACGGCAACCUCAAGGAAUCGACUUAUCAUCUCCGCAUUGCUGCUAACAAAGGCCAUGCUACAGGCAUGCUUUUGUAUGCUCUUGCUUGUCGUCAUGGUUGGGGAAUGCGUGCCAAUCAGAAAGAAGGUAUUCAAUGGCUUCGAAAAGCUGUCGACUGUGCAAUGUUAGAAGUCGCGGACGAUGAAAACCCCACUGGUUCAAAGCCAGCAUCUGACUUUAAUGACAAAAAAACUCAUCGAGCUCAGUUCGCACUCAGCAUAUAUGAGUUGGGAGUGUCACAUCUCAACGGCUGGGGUAUUGAACAGGACAAGGCACUGGCAUUGAGAUGCUUCGAAAUCGCUGGGAGCUGGGGCGACAGCGAUGCUUUGAGUGAAGCUGGCUUCUGCUACGCCGAAGGUAUCGGCUGCAAGAAAGAUAUGAAGAAGGCUGCCAAAUUUUACCGAAUGGCCGAAGCUAAAGGUGUUAGUAUGAUUGGGAACAGCUGGAUCCAUAAGGAGAAAUAUAAUGACACCCAUGAUGGACCCAACGAUAUCGCCGACCGAUCCCGAUCGCCAUUCAAGACUUCGUUAGAGAAGUCACGCACCAAAUCGAAGUCCCGAGGCAUCUUCGGGCGCAAAAAGUCAACACAUACUUGA